ACUAUAGGCUCGGGGAGGUAAGCGGUGGUAGGUCGGCGUUUGAUGUGUCCCGGGUGUGGGGAGGCGACAGAGCCCUGGCAGUUGAGGGUUGCGGGGCCUCCCCACCGCGGCGAAGGUCUAGCCUUCGGAGGCCAGGCCGUGAGUGCCGGAGGUAAACGCCAAGGCGGAAGAGUUUUGCCACUCACUACCUCAGUGACCUCGGGUAAAUUAGUCUUGGAACGUCGGUUUUCUCGUCUCCAUGAUUGAAAUAAUAAUAGUUCCUCUCUAAGGAUUGUUGUGAGCCGUCAGUGAAACACUUAGAGCAGUUUCUGGCACAUGGUAGAAUUGGGCUAUUUGCUGAAGCUUCUUCGUAGCCCUUGGUAGCCCAGGAAGAAACUUACGUUUUGAUUUUUUUGGACCAUGGCUUUGUUUCACAAAGUGCUGCGUGGUACUUAUAUUCUCAGAAAAUGCUCUAAGCCAGCUUCUGCCUUGCAUCCAUUUUUGGGUAUUCGCUUUGCAGACUAUUCCAGUAGUCUUCAGAAACCAGUGGCUUCUCCUGGCAAAGCCUCCUCACAGAGGAAGACUGAAGGGGGUUUGCAAGGACAUCACCAGAAAGAAGUUGCUUUGGAUAUAACUUGUCCUGAGGGGAAACCUGAUGUUAGUUUCGAUAAAGCAAUUAGAGAUGAAGCAAUGGACCAUUUUAGGCGUUUGAAGGAUGAAAUUGUGAAUCAUUGGAAGGGACCGGAAGGCCGCCCUCUGCAAGAGGCCUUACUGGAACAAGCCAAGGUUGUCUGGCAGUUCCGCGGGAAAGAAGAUUUGGAUAAGUGGAGAGUGACUUCUGAUAAGACGAUUGGAGGCAGAAGUGAAGUGUUUUUGAAAAUGGGCAAGAAUAACCAAAGUGCACUGCUCUAUGGAACUCUGAGCUCUGAGGCACCUCAGAACGGGGAGUCUGCCCACAGUGGGUACUGUGCAAUGAUAUCCAGGAUUCCAAGGGGUGCUUUUGAGAGGAAGUUGUCUUAUGAUUGGUCGCAGUUCAAUACUCUGUAUCUCCGUGUACGUGGGGAUGGUCGGCCUUGGAUGGUGAAUAUCAAGCAGGACACAGAUUUCCUCCAGAGGACGAAUCAGAUGUAUAGUUACUUCAUGUUCACCCGUGGUGGACCCUACUGGCAGGAGGUCAAGAUUCCUUUUUCCAAAUUUUUCUUCUCUAAUCGAGGAAGAAUCCGGGAUGUUCAGCAUGAGCUUCUGCUUGACAAGAUCUCUUCUAUAGGAUUCACCUUGUCUGAUAAAGUGGAUGGUCCAUUCUUUCUGGAGAUAGAUUUUAUUGGAGUGUUUACUGAUCCAGCCCAUACAGAAGAAUUUGCGUAUGAAAAUUCUCCAGAGCUUAACCCAAGGCUUUUUAAAUAAAGAUUAUGUGGUAGUUUUGUUUUACUAAUCUAAGGGUACUAGCAUCUGUAAUGAUGUAGACAAAAUAAAAUAUUUCUUUAAUGGCAUCCAACCAA